AUGGGCUGCACGAUAGGACGCCACGGGGCUGCUAUGGAGUCGCCACACAGCUGUCACCUUCCGAUGAUGGUGGUGAAACUUGCAGAUGUACUGCAGAUGCGCGGGACGCUGAAGUGCUAUCAAGAAUUGCUGAAGCUUGAGAUGCUCCAUGAGCACCAGCCCUCGUUCUUCACCAUCUUUGUCUCGCACCAGUGGUUGGCAGGAGCACACCCAGACCCCAGCAGCAACCAAUUCCGGAAUCUGCAAAAGGCCUUGAGAAAGGUGCUGGACGGCACCAUACGCCUGGAGUUGGACAUGACCUCGCAGUUCCUGGGGCAUCAGAAAACCUUGACGCUCCAGGACCGCGCUCUGCUGAAGGACGCUUAUGUGUGGUUCGACUGGUUUUCAGUGCCACAAGCUUCCGUUGAGCAAAACGGCGAGCUACGAGCAGAGGUUCAGAGGAAGGCAAAUCUAUGUAUCAGGUCGAUUCCAGCAUACGUGGAUGCCUGCCAAAUGUUUGUAGCUCUGGUGCCCAGAAUGAUCAACGAAAAGCAGGAAGAACUGAAUUAUUUCACCUGGCUCGGUCGGGGCUGGUGCCGGGCAGAGAUGUGGUGCAAACUGCUGAGCGAAAAGUCGGAUUUCCCCAUCAUCGUGGUUUCUGCUGUGGAUGACGUGAAGUUCAUCAUGCCACUGCAGUGGUUGGAUUGCCCCGUUCAUGAGGGGCAGUUUUCAUAUGAUCACGACCGACAGGAGGUGUGCGAAUUCAUCAAGGCAGCUUUGACUUUCAAGCUGCAACGGCUCUCUCAGAAGAAGAAUCUCAAUCUCUUCAGGUACUAUGCUGCGAGAUAUGAGCACUUUCUGGGCCUUGCCGCUCCAUCCAGGACGAAGGAGGAAUUUCUCAGCUACUUCCGCUUUCCUUCGGAAGAGGUGGCGCUACGACCCAAAGGCAUGUGUGCUUUGGCCUGCGCAGCACUUUCCUCUGAUGUGUCUUUGGUCCGGCAGCUCGUACAGAUGAAGGCGCCUUUGAACUCCAAGCUGCCGCCGUUGGUGGAGGUGGAUGUGCUGCCUGACUGGACUCCUCUGCACCUGGCUGCGGCCCACAGCAGCUCGACGCGUGGCCUGGAGACGAUGUCAACUCUGCUGGAGCUGCGUUCAGAUCCCAAUGCGACCAACCGCCUGGGCCAUCCCUUGUUGGGCAUCUGCACGUCUGCCGCUGGCGUGGACCUUCUGGUGAAGCAUGCGGCGGAUGUCAACAAGCUCAGUCCACCCACCAUGGCCUCGCCCCUGGUGCUGGCGUCUUUGAGGUGUGCGUCUUCAGAGGUCUUUGAGAAGUUCAUUGAGUUCAAAGCAGACGUAAAUUUGGUGAAAGGAGGCUUGGGUUUGUCGCCCCUGCACUCGCUAGCCAUCAAUGCCAGCAUCAAUCCUCACACCCUGUCAGUGGCUCAGCAACUGCUGGAGGCCCAUGCAGAUCCCGAUCUCCCCGUCCGCGCGGGCGCCUUGUUUCGCAGCAUCGAGCUGGGUGCACGUGCCGCGCUGUGCUUGCGCAAGGAGCCACCGGGCAUCAUUUGGGUUUUCGGAGAGGGGAGCACCACACCACUGGGCUAUGCUGCGAUGUUCGGCUCCCAAGACUUGGUCGAUUUCUUGCUGGACUCCCAUGCCGAUCCGGAGUCUAAAAAUCAUCGCGGCCACACGCCUCUGCAACUAGCGCGCUACACAUCGGUGGCGCACAUCAUCUCCCACCGCACCAGCACGGGGUCGUCGCGGCACCUCUCGGACGGCAGCGGUGGGUGUUCGGUGGAUGGCCAGUUGAGCCCUUGGUCACGACUGGACACGCCUUCGGACUUUGUGGUCUCCAGCUCCUUAGGCUUGGACGACUCGCAAAAUGUUGUCAUGGGGCACAAGUUGGGCCCGAAACCACAACGUGAGACGAUCCAGUGCAUCUGA